CAAAAUACUAACUCCACUAGUUAAAUGCAAGAAUUAAAAGCUAGCUACUUAGCUAAAAUAUAACUAAACCUUAACUCACUAACCACCAUGGCUCAUUGUUAGCUGCCUGGCUAGCUAGCUCUGUAAGAUAACUAACGUUAACUAGUUAUGUGUGGUGGCACAGUGACAAAUGCCUGGUUGGGUGAGAGACAACAAUGACCAAUGUCUCAUAAUAUAGCUAGCUAGAAUGCCACAUGAAAAGAUAAAACAAUAUUCGAGGAGGUGCGUGACUCGUGAGCUAGCUAACGUUACUUAACUGGUCUACUGACUAUUGGGCUGCUGCAUACUCAGUUGAAAAAUUUUACUAAAACCGUCAGUCACUACACUAGCCUGUGAUCAAAGUUGACAUACCAGUUGUCUAGGACAAUAUUGUGAUUUGGCAUAUAUUUUCGUAAUUUGUCUUAAAGUAGCAAGAAGAGUAGCCUAUUUCUUGACCACCAAACAAACCAUGUCCCUGGGCUCUGUCCAACUUAUCUGCACUGAUCUGAAAGAGCUGACCAGGUGAAAGCCUGCCUAAUGAUGAGAUGUUUUUCCUGUCAACAAGUAUUUCCAGAUCAAGGGAAGGAGAGGACAGAUUUUUUGACAAUUGAAAAUGAGUCCAAGAGAGUCAUUUUUGAAGGCAGUCAUAUUCAUCAUGCAGUAGACUGAAUUGAGGACAUUCAGAGUUCAUUGACCAUGGAGCAGUACACUACCGCCACCACAUCUACUGGGGAACAGAUAGUGGUUCAGACUGCCGCUGGGCAGAUCCAACAACAGGUGCAGGGGCAGCCUCUGAUGGUGCAGGUCAGCGGUGGUCAGCUCAUCACCUCGUCGGGCCAGCCCAUUAUGGUCAUGGGGGGGCAGGGAGGGCAGGGGCAGACCAUCAUGCAGGUGCCCAUGUCUGGAGCUCAGGGGCUCCAACAGAUCCAGCUGGUGCAGCCAGGUCAGAUCCAGCUCCAGGGGGGACAGACUCUACAGGUACAGGGUCAGCAAGGCCAGACCCAGCAGUUCAUCAUUCAGCAGCCCCAAACUGCUGUGACCGCAGGACAAAACCAGGGCCAGCAGCAGAUUACAUUACAGCCGGGGCAGCAAGUGGCUCAGACUGCAGACGGCCAGACCAUUGUGUACCAGCCAGUCAAUGCUGAUGGGUCCAUUCUACAGCAAGGUAUGAUUACCAUCCCUGCCUCUAGUCUGGCUGGUGCUCAGAUCGUUCAGGCAGGCAACAGCACCAACACAACAAACAGUAGUCAGGGUACAGUGACCGUCACACUGCCUGGCAACAUGGUCAACGCAGGUGGCAUGGUCAUGAUGGUUCCGGGUGGCGGUGGCAGUGUUCCCACCAUGCAGCGUAUCCCCCUGCCGGGGGCGGAGAUGCUGGAGGAGGAGCCUCUGUAUGUCAACGCUAAGCAGUACCACCGCAUCCUGAAGAGACGGCAGGCCCGCGCCAAGCUGGAGGCAGAGGGAAAGAUCCCCAAGGAGAGGAGGAAAUACCUGCACGAGUCUCGUCACAAGCACGCCAUGGCGAGGAAGAGGGGUGAUGGCGGACGCUUUUUCUCGCCGAAGGAGAGGGAGGAGAUGGCUCUGGCCAUGCAGGUGAGGAGGGCUCAGGGUGCCCUCAAACAAGAGGACGUGUUUGGAGGUGUUGAACUCAACUCUAAUUGGCAACCUACUUCUGUUGCCUCCCUCAGCUAACCAACAAGUAGCAGCCAUUUCCACCCCUCACUCUGUCACAUGUCCACCGCAGCCACUCAUUUCCCUUGCACUCUUAAAAUGGUCAUCAUUGCUAUCUUUGUAUGUUUUUAUUAUAUUGGUUACCUUGUAGUUUUGUAUCAAAGAAUAGUAUAGUUUUUUACAAAUUAUGUUUUUUUGUACUUGCUUGUUUUUUGAGUAUAUAGACGGGGGUGCUUUUAGAUGCGGGCAUAUUUUUUUGUGUACCUUCUGUUGUUCUUUUGAUGUAUUCUAGCCACUUGAUCCCUAACCAUGUCUCUGGCAAACCACACUGAGUUCAAAAGCUCGUUCUUUCACAUAGAGCUGUACAUACUGACCACAGGAGGCUGCUGAGGGGAGAACACCUCAUAAUAAUGUCCAGAACAGAAACGGAGCAGAUGGAAUGGCAUCAAACACCUGGAAACCAUGUGUUUUGAUGUAUUUGUUACCAUUCCAAUUAUUCUGCUCCGGUCAUUAUCACGAGCCCAUCCGCCCCAUUUAAUGUGCCACCAACCUCCUUUGAUACUGACUCAGUAAAAUGUUCUCCAAUGUCGUUUGAAAUGUGUCUUGGCUUCGUUUGAGCUCUUGUUGCAAGCUGAAGAAUGUUGGAAUGUUAAUGUUGCUUCCUUGCUGUUGUGUUUCCUUGUUAAACUUGUACCAUGUUGUAGUGUAAACAUCUCUGCUAACACCUGUGUUCAUUUAACAGCUGCAGGGCUAGGAUGGGAGUGGUGUAAAGGUACUGUAUGAAUUUAACACAAGAUCACUAUAAAACAAAUGUUUACUUUCCUAACCUUUGUCAAUGCUGUUUCAUAUUAUGAAUGUCUUGGGUCAGACCCACCCCUCAAUGUAGGUUGAUUUAUCCUAAUUUUAAAUAUUAAACAUGGUGCUAUACAUCCAACCAUCCUUGGAGAACGAGCAAUAAACACCAAUGCUGAACAUACAGUAAUUAUACACACAUUAAGCCUGAAUUUGCAGCAGUUUUAUUUAUGCCCACGCAAGGUUUAUUGAGAAGUUGGUAAUGGUGAACCACAUGUAACAGAUUAAGAAUGAGGCUGUGUGUGUUUUCUGUGUAUAAUGUUUGUGUAUGAUUUCUGUUUUCUAUUAGUUUUUAUGAUUGCUGACAUUUUUCUGCGACUGCCACCUGUCUCAUUGCCCAUCAUUCACAUUUGUGACGUGUGUGUAUACAAAUAAACAUGUCUCUUUCUGUUGGUAUUGUUUUUAAUAUGAAUAAAGACUUGGCUUUCAA